AUGCCGAAGCCUAACCUGGAGAUCUACUUCCUGAGCAGGGAAGAUGCGGCCCGAGGAGAUCAAAUGGCAAAGAGGCAGGCAGGGGCGGAAAGAUCUCCCCUCUCGGGCGGCGUCUUGGCGCUGCUCCGCUGCAGGGUGCCGGCCGCCUUGGCAACGCGGGAGCGGCCGCGGCCGCCCGGGAAAGCCGCGGAAGCGACCCAAAGCCGCCGCCCGCCCGCCAAGCAAGCCCGCUGCCCGGCGGAUGGCGGGGGGGGGGGGCAGGGGCAGCUCCCCCGAGGGAUUUGCCGGCGUUUGCUAUGGCUGCGGCUGGGCGCCGAGACGCGGGCGCAGCUCCAUCCGCCGCCGCCGCCCGCCGCCUCCCCCAGCCCAGGCCAGCGCGGCGCGCCCCGCUCGCAGGCGGCCGGCCCGGGCGGAGGGGCCCCCGGCGCUCCUCCGCCGCCGCCGCCGCCGCCGCGCCACAGCCGAGGAGGGGGGCGGCCGGGCCGGCGCCGCUCAGCUGAAGCCUUCCCGGACCCGGGACCUGGGCCGGAGCGUCCCGCUCCUGCCCCACCGCUGGCGGCGGCCGCGCUGCCCGAGGCGGCGCCGAUCCGGAAGGCGCGCAGCCCCCCACCCCACCCCACCCCCAUGACGGAGCGUGCCCGCUCUGGGUCUCGUAGGUCUGCGGGGGCUCCGAGUUCGUGCCUCGCUCGCUCGCCGCCCUCGCAGCCUUCCCGUUGCCACUCGCCGGGGAGGAUGGGGGCGACGGGGGACCCGGGCCCGCCGCGCCGCUGCUGCACGGCCCGCGCCGUCCGCGCCCUCGGAGGGACCUUCACCCUCCAGCCCCCGCAGAGAAGCGGAGCCGCUCAGCAGCCGGGCCGUUCCUCGGCCUCAGUUCCUCCCCUGGGAAAUGGGCGCCUGUGGCUGCGGCCUCGCCGCGGAGGGGGGGCCUGA